AUGUUUGCCAUGUUUCCCAUAGAACUGUUGGCAAUCUCAUUGUUGUCGAAUGCUGUAUAUUCUAAUGAAGUACCUUGUGACAAAACUAGGGCUAUCUUAUCUCAGACCAAUGGCAUCAUCACUCAUGGACCACUUGGAACCAAUUACUCACAAAAUACUCAUUGUGAAUGGUUAAUCAAAGGUAUGUUAACACUGUUUAAUAAUAAUGUCUAUUUGUCAACUUGAUAGGUGGUUAUAAAUCUUGGCAAACUACUUAAUUUUAGUAACUGGGUUAAAUUAAGAGUAACUUACCUUGAUUUAGUAACUUUGAUAAGACUAUGAGCUUACUUUUUAGUUAGUAACUUUAAACGUACUUCAUUAUUUACUUUCCAUCUUUGCUAGGUCUACAUUUGAUGUGAUGUAAUUCAUUUUAAUUGUAUAUAUAAAUUGAAUAGACCAUAUAAAUAUUCCUAAUAAAUACAUUAGGUAUAUAGAUAAUUUAAUUGCUAUUUUUGGUUUACUUUGUCAAAUAUAACUUUACAUAUGUACCUACCGAAUUUUUAAUAUGUUGAUCUUUUGUUGUUUAAUUUAAAACCAAAUGUUAAACUAGUACAAAUAUUGGUAACAAAUAAUUUGUAGUGUGAUAUAAGUUACGUAAAGUGUACAAUUUUCCUAAAUUCUAAUUUUUUUUCUUAUUGUUUUAUUUUUAAUAUUUUUUGCAGGUUUUUGGCCUAAAAUUUUAUAUUUUACAGAAUUUCAUGUUUGAUGUAUUACCUGAAAAAAGUUAAUUAAAAUAAAGGAUGUUACUUCAAAAUAUACUUAACCAAAUUUUUAUUUAUAAAAUCAUUAGUACUUACAUAAUAUCAUAAAAUGAAUUAAAUUAGUAUAUUAUUGAUAAAUAUAUACUAUACCUACUUAUUUUUAAUAUUUUUUUUAUAGCACAAUAAUAAUUACUUAGGUAACAAUGUAUAUUUUGCAUAGUAUGUAGGUGUUAUAGAAUUAGUUUUUAUAACUUAUAUACUAUAAAUAAAUAAAAAUAUGUAGCUACCUACUUAAUUUAUAGUUAAAAAAAUGGACCUUUGGUACGAUUUGUAUUAACGGUUAGGUAGGUAUGAUAUUUAAUUAUACUUAUUGGAAUUAUUAAAAUAGAAUUACCCACUAAUGUAUUUAUUUUCUACACAAAUACAAGGUUAAAAAAACAUUUAUUUAAAAAAUCAACAUACUUCACACUAUGAGUGUGCCAUUGUUGCAGCUGGGAAAUCAGAAGGUUGGAUAUUAUAGGGUAAUUUAUUUUACAUUUUUACGCAACAAUAAAUAUUUGCAAACAAAAUCCAAUCCUAAGGGAAGUUUAGUUAAAUGUGUUUUGAUUAACUUAAAUAAAAUUGAAAAUUGUAUUUAUUUGUAAUUACAAAAUUAAUUAUAAUUAUCAAUAGUUUUGUUGUUGUUUGUUAGCACCCCGCCAGAGUGACGGACAAAUGUAUAAUUCUAAAAAGGAAAGUGCAUCUUUAAAAAAGAUAGACAUACUUUGUAUGUAGGGGGGCACUGUUGUAAGUGAGAAGUUUGGAAGGGAAAUGUAAUGUAUAUGUGUACAUUAUGAUUAAUUAUUUCUUAUAAAAAACUAUUUUGAGCAGAGUUUAGUUAAUAGUGUUGCUUUGGCAACAACAUAUAUGCCAUAUUAUGGUAAAACAAUUAUAUAUACCAGUGGUUUUCAGUUUUUUUUAGGACUGUGACAUACAUGGUUUUACUUUUCAAAAAGUAGUUUAUGAAAACAGCUGUGAAAAUCAAAUAUAGUCAAUCUAAAUUCCUUCUGUGAUUUUCUAAAGACCUCAAAUCUAUAUUCAUUGCUAAAAAGGGCGCUCAUGCCAAAUAUAAAGUGUCCCAUUGUCCCAGAGAUUGUAACAAGUUUUCUAAUCUUUGGGCACGUUAUAAAUUUGAGUACAAUAAGUGCUAUAAGUGAAUAAAUCCUGUAAUAAUAUUAUUCCACAUUUUGUCACUCCCUGGUCUAGAGAAUUUUCCUACUCAUAUUUAAGAUUAGUUCUGUUACACCUGUAUGUAAGCAUUAAAAAAUAUCUAAAAUUUUGUCAUGUGUAUAAGGCUGGUGAUAAAACUGAUGUAAAGAAUUACAGGCCUAUUUCGAUUCAAAAUCACUUGCUAAACUCUUUGAAUGGUUUAUUCUGAGGUGAAUACAGCAAUAGGUUAAUUUUAUCAUAGUUGACAAACAAUAUGGUUUCAAGUCAAGUCAUUCUGCCACUACUAAUCUGAUAGUUUUUCAUAAUUUUUUUAUUGUAGGUAGGUCAUUGAAAAAUAAACUCGGGUGGAUGUUAUUUUUACGGAUUUGCAAUCCAAAGCAUUUGAUUGAGUUGACCAUAAAAUCCUAAUUAAGGUUUUUUAUAAAUCUAGAUUUGGGGAACCAUUUUUUCUUGGUUCAAAUCAUACUUAUCUAGUAGUGUCCAAUGUGUUAGGUCUUAGGAUGUAAAUCUGAAGCAGUCUUUGUACCUUCAAGUAUUCCUCAAGGGGGGGCAUUUAUCCCCAUUAUUGUUUAUUUUAUUUUAUGUUCCUUAUGUUUGCUGACAAUUUGAAUAUUUUUAGGAAAAUUUAAUCAAUAACUGAUUGUGUUAUCCUCCAGAAAAAGCUUGAUGCUCUUGUCUUGUGGUUCAAUUCUAUUGGACUAAGCUUUAAUGUAGAAUCCAUGUCUUUUGCUAGGAAUAGAAAUACCAUUAACUUCAGGUACUUGAUAUAUGGUUCAAGUAUUAUUGUUUCUAUACUCAGUUUCAAAUAAGAACGCGCAAGAAUUAAUGGCAACCAAUGAUAUAGUGUAUUCUUAUAUGGUACGGAGUAUAGUAAGAAAGUUUUGGGUAUUCUUUUUUGUCCAAAUCUUGAAUUUCAUUACCAUAUUGAGGCUGUUUGCUGUCGUGCAUUUAAGAUACUAUAGAAUUUAAGCUCUCUAGUUCUCUCAAUGCAUUGUAUUGCUUUCUCCUAUGGCCUCUUUUGGAAUAUCUCUUUAUUCUCUGGGAUCCUUAUAUGACAACAGACUUUUCACAUUGAGUGAGUUUAGAGGUGUUUUUGUUUUUCAGUGUCAUUUAUUUUACAAAUACCACAUCCAUUGUAUGCUUAUAGGCCAGUGAUAAAUAAAAUUUAACUUUUGUCUCUAGCAGAUAGAAGAGUUGAAGCUAAUUUGGUGUUUUUGCACAAGCUUUUUGACAGAUGUGUGGAUGCUCCUUUUCUUCUUUCUCAAAUAAAUUUUUAAAGUUCCUUCUCACUAAACUAGGUCUAAUUCAUUCUUUGUUGUUCUAUUCUACAACACUAAUCUAUGGUAAAAAUAAUCCCAGUCAUCGUAUGAUGCACAUGGAAAAAAUGCUUUUUUAAACUGUUUUGAUUAGUAUUAAGAACUGUAAUUUGUUUUUUCAAUUUUAUAAUUACUAUUUGUUAUUUAAAACCAUUUUAUAUAAUAUAUAGAAUGGAUAAAUAAAAUGGUGUGAAAUAAUAUUGUUAGUGUGUAAGACCGGCACACAGUGAUUUAUUUUUCAAUGAAUGUAUGUAAUGAAUUGUCCUAUGUGGGUAUGUUUAUUGUCAUAAAAUAUGAACUGAUAUAAAGGCCUAUUAUGUUUAUUUUUGACUGGCAUCUACUUAUCACACAAGAUUAUUGUUAAUUUGUUUACCUAUUUACUUAUUAUUCUAUUAUGAGAAUAUGGAAAUAGUAAUUUACCUCGGAUAUUUUGCUUGAAGUGUGUAAGAAGCCACCUACAUUAUGAUGAGUUCAUGCUCGAGUCAAUUUAGAGAAAUAUGUUGUGCAUAUAGGAUGAUAGAGAAUAAUAAACACGUCCUAGAUGUAUGAUAGAAAAUAAAAUAUAGACCAGAAAACCACAUUUUUAAAUUUUUAACUAUCAUUAUAUUAGAUUACUAAGGAUUUAAUAUUUACUAACAUUGUGAACAAAAUACAUGACUUAUUCCAUUUAGAAUUUGUUUUUUAUUACAAUACACUCAAGCAUAAAAGAAAACAUUUUAUGUUAUCUACUAAAAUUUGUCUUAAUUUAUACAAUAAUAUUUUUGUGUAAAAUAUUUAAAAAAAAAAUUAAUAAUUAUAUUUCUACAUUAUUUUUCAGCGAACAGUACAAAUCAAUUUAUUACUCUGGAGUUCAAGUUUCUAAAUACAGAAUGUUCUUAUGACUAUUUAUUUAUCUAUGAUGGAGAUUCCUUUAAUUCACCUCUUCUUGGAAGUUUCAGUGGAAAGAACAGACCUCAGUCGGUGUUAGCAUCAUCUGGUUUUGUAUGUACUAUUUUUUCAUAUACGUAUUAUAUUUAAAUAUAAAUUUAAAAAGCUGUCUUAGGAUAGUGGGGAUGGGUCUAGCCACUGUUAUAGGUAAUUUAAUGUAUAUAUGUAAACAAUUAACUAUUGCUUACAAAAAAAAUGAUUCUGAGUGCAGUUCAGUUAAUAGUGAUGCUUUGUCAACAAAUAUAUGUUGUAGUAUGAUAAAAUAAUUGCAUAGGUAUUGUAUAUUUUCUUUAAAAUAAUAUUUGUUUAAUAUUAUAAAAAUUUUCCGGUUUUUCCCAUUUAUUGGGAAAAUUAUUGGGAAAGUUAAAAAAUGAACUGCCUAUACAAUAUAGAUAAAAAAUUUUCCCAGAAAAAGUACUAUCAUUGAAAAUCAGAGCAAAAUUUCUGAUAACAAAGUUGCCCACAGAAAUAAUAAUAAUAAAAAUAAAAAAACAUUAUGAGACCAUAAGAUUCUUUAUUCCACUCAGAACCUUUAACUAAUACUGUAAACAGUAUUGUAAAAAAUAACUAAAAAAUAAAGUUAUAUGAUUCAAUAUAUUUUGUUUUCCUUUAUCAUUAUACAAUUAUUAAUUUACAGUCUAUUUAAGGUUUUUCAUAUGACCUAUUUAGAUUUAUUACUUAUUAUUAAGUAUAAUAUAUUAUUAUUGGUGUUUAUGAAUUGCGUGCAGGAAUCAUAAUAUAAGUUGUAGUUCAAUUUGUGUGUAUGGUUUUUUUUUUAAAUUUUAAAUUCAUCGAAAAAAUGUUCUCUUUUUCUCCUCUUUUUUUUUGAUUUUACAAUUUAAAAUUUAAAAUAUUUUUAGUUAGAUCAAAUGAUUGAAUUUUUAAGUAAGUAAGAUUUACAUUCUCUUUUUGCACAAUAUUAUUAUUUAAAAAUUUAUACCUUUAAUAAUGGAUAAUUUUUUUGUUUUUUUUCACUGUAUACGAUAUCAAUUGAACAAUUGACUGAUCAUCAAAAGUUAUAAAUAGUUAAACUGUAUACAGUUUAUUUAUUUAUAGAUUAUAAUCAUAACUAAUUACAUGCAUCCCAUUAGACUCAAAAAACCAACCACCAUCACUAUUUUUAUAGGCAUGCAAUUCGGAUGCCACCAUUAUUAUAUAUGAUUUUUUUUGUGUGAAAUUUAUUUAAUUAUUUUUAUUUUUUUUGUAGAUGUUAAUAUUGUUGUUUAGUGACACAAAUUAUGCAUUAGAAGGUUUUGAAGCUUCCUUCUAUGUUUCUGAUUGUCCAAGAAACUGUUCAGGACAUGGAUUUUGCCUUCGGAAUUUUUGUGUAUGUGAUAAUGAAUGGGGUGGACCUGAUUGCAAAACAGAACUAUGUCCUGAUAAAUGUGGUGAACCUCACAGAGGAGUAUGCAAACAAAAUAGGUGCCAUUGCCUACAAAAUUAUUCGGGAAUGGGUUGUACAUUGAAUAAUUUUGAUUCAACUGGUAACAGGUUCGAUUAUUUUUCUUUACAUUAUUAUUAAAUUAUUAUUAUACUAUAAAUUAAAAUAUUUUUUUUUUGACAUCUAAAUAUUAUACUAGAUGGCAUGAAUUGUAUCAAGGAGGUAUACAUCCCAGAGCUGCCCAUUCAGCUGUUUACAUUUCUGAGGCUGAUUCUUUGUAUGUUUUUGGUGGAUAUGAUUUAAAUAAGAUUCUCGGUGAUCUUGUUAUCUUUCGAUUUAACACUUCCAUGUGGUAUGAUCAAAAUAAUAACAUUAUAGGUAAUAUGAUAUAUUAAAAAAAAAAAAUGUUUAAUUAUUAAUUUUGAACUAGAUAUAUUUAUUUGUGUCCAAUAGAUCCUUUACAUAUGACAGUUAAUUCUAUUGGAUCAACCACAAUUAACGCUCUGAUGACAGCAAAAUUAGGAGAUACAACAAUUGGAACAAAUAGAUCCAAAUACACAUCUGAUAAUGCUAGCCAUAUAAAUGAACACAAACAAAAUAAACCAUGGUCAGCUGUGUUACAUGAUAUUUUUGUGUCACUAGCUGAUGGUUCAUCAUUACUUGAACAUCAAAAUGAUGUAAAAUAUAUUUACUUAAAACAAUAUUUAGUUAACAUAAAAUGAAAUAAACUUGAAAUGUCCAAUAUUUUUCAAUCAUUUAUAUUUAUAUUUUUAUUAAUAUUUUUUAUAGGUUUUUGUAAAUUCACUUUCUUGUUUUCUUAUGCUUUAAUUAUCAAAAUUAUUAUGUAAUAUGUAUUAUAUAAAUUAAUUAUUUAUGUACUAUGUUUGUUUAAUAGAAUACUCGGCAUUCCCCAUAUGAUUAUCCUAGUUAUGAAGAGAAUGAACACAUAUUAAAUGAAGUAAAAGAAAAGCGAUUACCAGCACCUCGCUUUGGUCAUGCAGCAACUAAGUAACUUAAAUUUUUUUAUUCUUAAUAUUAAUUGUUUUUGUUUUAUCACAACUAUUACUUAGGUACAAAGGAGGAUUUCUUUUGUAUGGUGGUAAACUGAAUAAUGGUUUAUUAUCUGAUGAAUUAUGGUUUUAUAAUAUUUAUUCAAAAAAAUGGUUUUUGCGAGCUCAAAAUUCUAUAAUACAACCACCUGCUCUCACACGGCAUACUUUAACAUUUGUUGAACAUACAAAUAGUGUUUAUUUAGUAGGUGGUAGUAAUAAAAAAGGAUAUUUUUCUUCCAAAAUAUUUUGCAUUCAAAUUAAUAUAGGUAAUAUAUUAAUACUACUACUUACAAUGCUUUUUAAUCCAUUUAUGCAUUGCAGGGCAUAGUAAUUAUCCUAGUAAAUUAGUUUUACUUAGUAGUAUUUCCUAUUUAUUGACAUAUUUACUUACAUAUUUUAAAUAUUUUUCAAUUUAUUGUAUUAUUUGUUGAAAAAAUAAAUUGUCAACAUUUUAGAUAAUGACAAUGAACAAUGGAAAGAAAUUAAACCUAGAGGUGGUAAAGAAUUAAAUUAUCGAGUGGCAGCUCAUUCAACAGUAUAUGAUAUACGUUCUCAGUCUUUGAUAAUAUAUGGUGGAAUUGUCACUAGUGCAUCGUGGUUUUCAAAACUUAGUGACCGUAUGUUUAUUUUCAAUAUACCAACACAACAUUGGUCUGAAAUAAAAUAUCCAGCUUCUAAUGUACCUACUGAACGAGCUUUUCAUUCCGCCAACAUAAUGGGUUAGUAUGUUUACUCCAAGUAUUUUCUCUAUAUCUAUGCUCACUGCUCAGCAUUAUACUACACCAAAAGUAUGAUUCUAGUAAUAUACUCAUAAGCCAUAAGUAGUUAAUUUUUAAUAUUGUUUUAGAUAGGGAUCAUAAAAAUAAUUAAUAAAACUAGGCAUUAAUUGUAACUUAUUAAUAUUUUUGUAGGGAAUUAUAUUGUUGUUUUUGGUGGAUACGCUCACCGUCAUGUGAAAGAAGAAAUUUGUUAUGAUAAUGAAAUAUAUCUUUAUCACCUUGGUUGUCAUACAUGGCUUAGUCGUGAUGUGCUUGGUAUAUCAACUAAAGGUAUAUAAAAAUACAUAAAUGUUUUUUACAUGCUACAUUUUAAAUAUGUAUAGUAAAUUUGUUAUGACAUAUUAUAGAGUUUACACACAAAAGAUUUUAUGGUGUAUUUGGACAUGCAUCAGAUGUUCGAAAUGGAAAUACAUUAAUUAUUAUGGGUGGUUACAGAGGUAACAUAAAUUCUGAUUUGUUAGCAUUUGUUUUACCACCCACAUUAUUGUCUACUGGAAAUGAUUCAUAUAAUUUAGAAAUUAUGUGCUUAAGGUAAAACCAAGUGAUAUACAUAAAAUUAUUUUUUGUCUAUUAAUUACCAUUUGGUGUUUAGACAUAAAGGUCUUCAAGAAUGUACAGCAAAUCCUGAAUGUGGGUGGUGUUCUUCAGAUGAUACUUGUUAUGGACGUAAUCUUGGUAUAAAUUGUACAACUAAUUUACAAACAACUAGAUGUCCAGGAAUAUGUUUGGCAUUAACUGAUUGUCAUUCAUGUCUUAUUCAUGGAGAAAGUAUUCCUUUAAGUAAUAAUCAGUCAGCUACUUCAGUUGCUCAUAUGAUGCAAUUAGGUCGAUGUGUUUGGUGUAUAAAAGAAGGGCGAUGUCAUCAUAAAAAUGGUAAAUGAUUAGUUAUAAAUUUAAAACAAUAAACAUAUUUCUUUGGGUCAAUAACAUGUUUAUCUUAAUAUUAAAGAAACGAUGAACAAGCCGGUGGGGUAUAAAAGCUCUAAUUAACACUAAUGCUCAAUGUGAUUGCUCUUUGAGUUUAAUAUUAUUUAAUAUUUAACAUUUCUAUACAAAUUAGUAAUUACGAAUCUUAAAAGAAGUGAUCAUAAAACAGACUGUACCAUAAAAUUUGAUUAUAUAUAAUAUAAUAAUAUAAUAAUAGCCUAACCUAACCAAGUAUAUUUUAUAAAGUAUUAAUUAAGAUAUCCUUUUUAGUGCUCAUUAGUCAUUACUCAUUUAUCUUUUAACAGUUUAAAAGUUUUGAAAAACAUUUUUGUCAAUAAUUAUCAUGGCAACCCAAACCUAUAAUAAAAAACCAAAUAUUAGGUUUGAUGUGUAAAAAGUAAUUAUUAAAAGACUCCAUGUUUUUAUAAAAUAAUGAAAUUGUGAAAUUGUAAAUUUCCCAACGGUUUAUUCCCACUUAAGUGUUUUUAUUUUAAAAAUGGGGUACCAAAUCAAAAAAUGAUCUUUUUAAAGUACCAUCUAGACAACUUGAGCUUUCAGAAAAGUUGCUUUACAUAAAAAUUGGAGCAAAUUUACUUAGAAAAAAUGUGUACACAGACUAGAAAAAAGAAAAAAAGAAAUAAACAUCUUAGUAAAACCAUUUAAAUGAAGGAUUACAUAAACAAAAAAAAAUUACACAAAUUGAUCAGAAAUUAAAAAAGACUGCCCCUAAUUCAAUUUUCAUUGAACAUAUUUUAGAAAAUAAUCAUAGUGUACGUUUUGAUAUUGAUACAGACUUAGAAAUAUUGAAUACCCAAAAUAAAAUUUACAUUAAUUUAGUUUUAAAAGAAUUACACAUACACAAUGUAAUAAAAAAAAUAAUUUUAAUAAUACUUUAAAUAUUCAAACCUAUUUUAAAAAUAAUAUUUUAUUUUAAUACAUUUUAGAUAAUAAAUAAUAACCAUAUAAUUUAUUAUAUUUCUUAACAUAUUUAUGUCAAAUAAUAACUAAUUUAAAAUAAUCUCUCCUAUUAAAAUAUAUUAUUUUCAUAUUCUACAUAAAACAACUAAUUUGGUUAAUUGCAUAAUAAUUUAACUAAGAAAAAAAGGGAAUCUAAAACAUAGAAAGUUAUUUACAGACUAAUAACAAAAAAAAAGACUGACAUAUUUCGCACAAUGGGUGGACCACUAUUGUAGAUAAUAAGUUGUAAAGAUAGGAUAAAGAGGGGAAUUUAAUGUAUAUCUAUAAGCAAAAAUAAACUAUUGUUAAAUAAACUACAUGAAAAAUAAUUUUGAGCAGAUCUUAGUUAAUAGUAUUGCUUUUUCAACAAUAUUAUAUUAUAAUUAAAUUAUAGUAUCAUUUUUAUUAAAAUGGUUUCAUCAAAUUCAAUAUUAAAAUUCUUAAAGAAAAAUUAAAUCACUCAUUUUGUUUCUUUUAACUACAGAGAAAGAAUUCUAAUGAACCUCCUGUUCAAUUUUCAAGCACUUCUGGUUGGUCUAGCAAUUUUAUCCAUAGAGUACCUAUCUAUGAGUAAAAAUUACUCAUAAAAUAAAAUGUUUAUAAAAAGUUUAAAAAUGAUUCAAAUGUUAAUAAAAUUUUACCAUGUACAGAAAACACAAAUAUAAUAUUCCUGUACUAAUUUCAAGUCUCUAUGAAUAUUUUACCUGAAUUGCAACAAACAACAAAAUUGAAAAUAACAAAAUCAUUAUUUGUAUAAAAUUCCUGUUUUUCUUAAGUUUAAUUUCUUUCCUUUUUCCAUUCUUUGAAGUACUCUCAAGUUGGAUACAGGAUCUGUCCUUGGGAUAUUUUCAAUUUUAUGAUAUAGUCAUAUUUCUAAUGCUUUAAUUUUUCUUACUUGAUGUUUCUGUUAGUAUCCAUAAUUUAGCGCCAUUUAAUAAUAUAGGUUAUAUGCAACAUCUUAGUAAUCUAAUUUGAAUACCUAGUGAGACAUAUGACAUUAAAAUAUCCUAGCCAUUUUUCGGAAUGCAUCUCUGGCUAUCUCAACCCUGCAUUUAAUUUCUAAAGAAUGUUGGAAAUCUAAUAAUAAUGAUGGUAGAAACAAUCCAAUUUUCAAAGAAUACAUAUAUCCUUUUCUAGAGGUGAUAAAUUGUUAAAAACAUUUUAUUAAUUUUUGUAUUAUUUAUAGGCAUUUGAAAUUUUAUAAUUUGUUUAGUUUUUAAAUUGUUUUGGUCAAACAAAAAUGUUUGAAAGUUGAACACGAGGUUCAUCAAAAUUGUAUUUGUGUUAGUAGUUAGUUUUUUUUUUCAAGCAUUAUGAGAUGAAAUUUGAAGAAAUUUGUGUAAAUUACAGUAUUUCAAAACAUAUAUGACCAAACUUCACUCAGAACCAUAUUUUGUUAGUAAUUAAAAAAAACUUAAUAUAGAUAUAUCAUACCUUUCCAACAUCCCACCUAGAAUAGUGGUACAACUAUCAUAUUUCAAUUCCAAUCUAUUUAAUGUUGAUUAAUUUUGAUUAUGAUUAAUAAUAUUGUUAUACAUUUUAUAUUAUAAUAAUUGGAGAGCCUGUUGAUGUUUUGCUAUCUGUAUCUAUAAUAAUAACAAAAUAUAAAUGAAAAUCCUUAUUAAACAAAAGAAAAAUCAGAAAUCAAAUUCACUUAAAAUGGAGAUGAAAAAGUUUCUGGAUUAUGAUAAAUAGGUCACUCUAUUAUUGUAAUAUUUAAUUUAAUUUUAACUUGAGUUUUUAACUUGUAUAGAUAAUUAUGAAGUUUGUGAACUGCAUAAUAAUUAUUUUAAUGAUGAUAAAUUACUUAAGAUAGAAGUUGCUUAUCCAGAUGAUUGCAGACUUUAUGAUAAAAGAUCAGGGUUGACUUUUUUAAAAUAUUUACAUCCUGCUAACUUUUCACAGCCAGAUUUGGUAUGUUUAAUUUUCUAUAGAUUUUAAAAAUGUGUACAUUAAUUAAAUUUAAUAAAUCAUUUUUAUAGGUAUCCAUAGUUAAUACUAGUGUUAUUGAUGUCUCGGCUCAUUCGCCAUUGUCACGAGCAGAUUUAUUAAUUGGUGGUACAAUGAUUGUAAAACUAUCUGGAUAUCUUAGAUUUCCUAAAUUUUGGGAUAAUCAUAAGGACCAAUUGCAAUUAUGCUCUCGAUUCACAAAUACUGGACUUAUAAUAACACCUCCAGAUAUGUAUCAACCAGUAUGCAAAUUCAAGUAAAUUAAUGUGAUUUAUAUGACUAAGAAUAAUUUAUUAUUAUUAGGGAAUUAAUAUAACAUUAAAAGCUGAUGGUUGGCAAUGUUCACAACUAAUAUGGUCUACUGACAAUCAACCAUAUCAUUUUCCUGAAUUAUAUUUACUAGAAAUUACUACAUUUAAAAAUGUAACAUACUCUCAAAAUACUGGUAAUGCUAUUGUAGAAUUGCAACAUAGUAAAGGACAUAACAAUUCAAAGGUAUUUUAAAUUAUUAUUAUUUUAUACUAAAUUUCAAUCAGUUAAUUUAUAAAUGUAUAAUUAAUAUACUUCAACAGCCUUUUACAAUGGAAUUUCUUAAACAAUAUGAGAGUAAAGAUAACACGUCAUGUGAAGACUACCAAAGUUGUCUCAUAUGUGUCAGUGAUGCUAAGUGUGCGUGGUGUGAAUUAAAAUCAGUUUGUACUUCAAGGAAUCAAUCAGAUUCAGCGGUUUGUCAUAGUGAUAAUAAUAUUAAUGAAUGGAAGUAUCUUGUUAUAUCACCUCACUUAUGUCCAAAUUGUUCUAAUCAAGUGGAUUGUGUGGAUUGUAUUCAAAGUGGAUAUUGUGAAUGGUGGAGUCAAGAAGCUAAAUGUGAACGACGUGGAAGGUAUUAAUGAAAUAAUAAAUUGUUUAAUAUUAAAUGAUAAAUAUUUUUUUUUUAUUAAACAAAAUAUUAUGAUUAGAUUUUCAGUGGCCAAUAAAACAUCACAAAUAAUUUAUGUUCAUAAUGUAUUGUGUAUGAAUAUUUUCAAAAAUAUUUAAUUCUGUAUUGUUGAAAACUAGUUAUGUUGAAAAUCAUGUAAAUUAUGAAAAACCUUUUUAUUUUUUAUUUUUUGUGUAGUUUGUAUAAAAUUAGAAUAAUUGAGAUUAUAAUUCACUUAAUAAGAAUUUUUACUAGAGGUUUUACAUAAGUUAUAUUAUUUAUAAUGAGGUUAUUUAAUAAAUGUUUAUUUCUUAUUUAUUUUUUUAGAUUGUCUGAAGGAGUAGUAUCUAUUGACUUAUGUCCAGUUCCAUGUUCGGAUAGACAUAUGUGUUCUGAUUGUUUAGAUAAUGGCAGAUGUGUUUGGUGUGGGGCAACAAAUGUAAAGUAUUAAUAUUAUUUUUUUGAAAUUUAAUUUAUUAAUUACAUAUAAUAUUCUAGAAAUGUUUUCAUUUCUCUGAGUAUACGUCAGAAUAUCAGUUUGGACGUUGUCGAGAAUGGAUUGAUAAAAGUGUUCAUUAUUAUGGGUCAGGCCAGAUGCAAAUAGAUAAACCUAAUGCAGCGUGCACUUCUUGUGAACAAAAUAUAAAUUGUUCUAGUUGUCUCAAAACUCUUGGUUGUGGAUGGUGUUAUGAUAGUAGUAACCCAAUUCAAGGAAUUUGUUCAAAGGGUGACUUCAGUAAGCCAUUUAUAGGUAUGCUUUCUCUAUUGAACCAAAUUAUUAUAAUAUUAGAUUUUGAACUAUUCUUUUUUUCUUUUUUUUUUUUAACUAUGAUAACAAUACUAAAUACAUGGUCAUAAUUUGUAUUUUCCACUAGGAACUUGUUCUAACAUAAUGAACAAUAAUACAUAUGAAGAAGACACUAGUUGGGCAUAUGCUCAGUGCCCUGAUGUCGAUGAAUGUGGACUUGGUCUACAUGAUUGCCACAAAGAAGCUAAAUGUACCAAUACUCAAGGAUCAUAUAGCUGUCAAUGUAAACGUGGUUUUAUUGGUGAUGGAAAACAUUCAUGUACAAGAACGUUAGUGUUUUUCUGUUUAUUUGAUAAAUAAAAUAGAUUUGUUUGUACUGAGUCAUAUCAUUCCUAUGUUAUUGAAUAUUUUUAUAAUUCUAUAAAAUAACCAUUAAAUAUAUUGGUUCCUUAAACCAAUUACCAGCUCAUUAAAUAUUAGUAAAUUGAUUUUGAGCCAUAAUAACUUAUAACUAUAUCUUAUAAUUAUAUUUUUCUGAUAAUUAAUUCUAUUAUGAUCCCAUAUUUUUACGGGUGAGUUUUUAAGACCUGUUCAUAUGUAAGUUAUUAUAUUAAUCCACCAUGAUUUUUUUUUUUUUAUUGAAAUGCAACUCAAAUAGAUAAUUGAUUUAAUAAAUUUAUUUAUUAGAAAAUUAUUUUUAACAUUUGAUUGACAACCUUAAAGAUAAGACUUUUUCAUGAAUCUAUUACUUUUGUUAAUCCUUUAGGAGGAAAGCAAAACUAAAUAAAAAAAACCAAAUAAAUUUUGCCUUUAAAACAGAAAAAAAUUCAAAUAUGUUUUUAAAAUUACGGUAGUUGGUAAAUUUUACUCUAGCCUUUUGUUUUAAACAUAAACCAUCAUAAUUUGAAAGUAAAAAAUUGUCAUAUCCCUUCCCCUAAAUUAUUAUCUAGCAGUAAAUUAGUGAAAGUCUUUACAUUAAGAUAGUCAUUGAAGGUAAAUAACAAUUUUCAAGUUGAAUACAAUUUGGAAAACGGCUUCCAAUCUUUUAAAUAUGCUAUUUAUAGAUGUUAUCACAAGUGUGCAAAUGGCUAUUGUAUUGGUGCACCUGAUUAUACUUGUAAAUGUGAUCUUGGAUGGACAGGACCAGAUUGUGCAAUUAACUGUGGUUGUAAUAAUCAUUCUACUUGUUAUGAACGGCCUGGAAAAUGUGACCAGUGUCAAGAUUGGACCACUGGGCAGUUUUGUGAAUAUUGCAAGUAAGUCUGGUAAUCAAUCAAUAUUAAUAAAAUAUAACCUUAAUUUUAUUUAAUUAUUUUACCUUAGAGCUGGGAGUUAUGGUAAUGCUACUUCAUUCACAGAAGGUUGCCUUAAAUGUGAUUGCAAUGGUCAUGGUGAUGAACAACUAGGUAUUUGUGAUUCUAAUUUGGGUAAAUGUUAUUGUAAACAUUAUACUGAAGGAGAUAAUUGCCAGUUUUGCAAGAAAGGAUUUUUUGGAGAUCCAAAGUAAUUAUUAUUUAUAAAAAUCUCUUUCAUUAUUAGUUUAGGAAAAAAAAGCCACUUAAAUGAUUAAAAAAGAGCUUAUUUAAUCUUGCCUAUACCAGUGGCAUGUAUAGGAAUAAAUUUCAAAUGGGAGGGGUUAUUUAAAAAAAAAAUGUAUUUAAUUAAUAUUAUAAAUCAACUUUCUUAUAAUAUUUAUAAAAUUAGAAUAUAUAAAAAUAAAUAUAUAUAUAUAUAUAUAUAUAUAUAUAUAUAUAUAUAUUUGUUUGAUUCAGAGUUUAGCAAAGAAUGUAUUGGUUUUAUAAAGAUGUUUAUUUUAUUAUUUUUUAUACUGUGUACAAAAAUUGUACCAGAAAUCUUGCUCCAAUAUAUAAAAUGUAGCAACUUUUCUGAAAGGAAAUUUUAUCUAUAUGGUAUAGGCAGUUCAUUUUUUGACUUUCUCAGGAGUUUUCCCAAUAAAUGGGAAAAACUGGAAAAUAAGUACAAUAUGUAAUUAUGUUAUUAUUUUACCAUAAUGUGACAUUUAAAUAGUUGACAAGCAAAACUAUUGUCUGAACUUCAUUGAGAAUUGUGUUUCCUUACCAAUGGUAAAUUGUUGUGUACAAAUAUAUAUUAAAUUACCCCUGUGUUUUCCCAGAGAACACACAACUUAGUUGACUCAAAGAUCGCCAGUACUCCAAAUGCAAACUUUUUAAUCUCACUGUAGCAUUGUGGAAGACUAUUCCAUGCAUUAAAUAUAAGUGCUUCUACUCAUAUCAUUUCUUUUAGAGCUUGCAUUUAUGGACCUCCAAUUUUUCUAACUUGCUCCUGAGUUCUGUGAACUUGCCACUCUAUAAGUCUUUGCUUUUAAAAUUCUGCAAUUACAUUUAAAGUGAUCCUGUAUUAACUCCAAAUGGUGUUCAAUGUUGAUUUUUAUUUGUUUUGAGAGGAUUUACUAUAAACAUGUAGGUACAUAAAUCAUUAAAGUUGAAAGAGUACUUAAAAUAGCCCUUUAAAAACAUUCUAGAGACUUUUAAACUAUUUAUUGGUAUUUGACCUUUUCAAAUUUUUCAAAUAAAUUUAUUAUACAAUGUGGUUAUAGUAAAUAAGACAGAUAUACUUAACAUGAUGGUUGAGCUACUAUUGUAGGUGAGAAGUUGGAAAGAUAGAAAAUAGAGGGGAAUUUAAUUUAUAUCUGUAUGCAAUGAUAAAUCAUUACUAACAAAAAACUAUUCUGAGUAAAGUUUUUUUUUAUGUAUUUAUGUGAAGUUUAACAGUUUUUUUAUAAUUAUGAAAACUGAUCAUAAAAUCAAAAAAAUUAUUUCUUUAAAAUACCACUCAAAUAAACUUUUCUUUGAGAGUAAGUAGAUAUUGUUUAUUUUUAACAUAAAUUAUUGUUUGUUUCACAAAUAAUAGAUUAUUUAAUAUUACCCAUCCCCAAUUUUUUUUUGUUAGAAAUGGAAAUGUUUGUUAUCACCAAUGUAUGGCAAGAGGUAUUUUAUCUGGAAUGGGUCCUCAAGGAUUUGGAUCGAAAUCUGUUGAAAUCAGUGCUUGGGAAACACGUUUAGAAGGACUACCAUCAAAAGAAUGUCUUUGGAUAAUUGAUCCAGAAAACAUGCGGAAUAAUUCGACUGCAAUGUAAAUUAACUAUUAAAAUAGUUAUUAUUUAAACAGAUUAAUCAGGCAGGUUUGAUAUUUUUUUUUAUAGUGGAUCUUAUGUGAUACAAUUGACAAUUGAUAGCGAUAUAAAUGUUCCAUGCGGUAUGAAUGGUGUUUACAUAUAUGAUGGUUUACCAAAUUUUGUAUCCAUGUCUAGAACACACCCAGCUCAUUCUCUAGGUGUAUUUUGUACUAAAGAUUCUCAAUAUCCUUUAACUAUUGAGGGUGUUACUGGUAAACAUGCACACUAUAUUUUAUUUCAACAGUUAAAACUGUUUGUUAAAUAAUAUAUGAUUACUAAUUUAGGUGUUAUGACUGUUUAUUAUAAACAAUCAGAACCCACUGAAGGAUUCAAUGCCACUUAUGUUGUAUUUAGUUGUCCAGAUUUCUGUCCCUUAAACCGUGUUUGUCAUAAUAACCGGUGUGUAUGUCAAGAAGGAAGCACUGGGGUUUUCUGUCAAGAUUUAAUUUGUCCAAAUGAUUGCAAUCAAGAUAAAGGACAUGGAAAAUGUGAUCAUGUCAGUACAUAUUUAUGUGUUUAAAAUUCUCUUUAAACAAUAUAAUUGAAUAAUUUGGUUUGAAACAAUUUAAUUUUCUUUUAAUUUUUUUAGGAAUAUGGACGGUGUAUUUGUGACAGUAUUUAUGAAGGAGAAGAUUGUUCCAUAUUAGUUCCAGUCCCUAGCCAUUUGCAGCAACCCCUGAUAUUCACAGAUUUAUUUAAUUCUGCUCAUGUAUCAGAUAAUUUAGAUCACUUACGUCAAACAUUACCACGUUUUGGGCAUUCAGUAGUCGCAACUAGACGUGGCCAAUUGUGGUUGUUUGGCGGAUAUUCAUUGUCACAUGGUCCUUUAAAUGAUAUUAGGCUGUUUGAUUCUAAAAAUAAUUCAUGGAUGCAAGUAUGUUAUUUUGAUUUAAGUCCUUAAUUAUUGUAAAAUAUUAAAAGUUUUGCAUAAUAUGUAUUAAAUUAAUCACAGGUCACUGUAGAUGGCACAAAUGACGCUCAUAUGCCAAAUGGGAGAUAUUUCCAUGCAACCGAAAUAGUACAUUCUCGAAGGGAGAUAUUUGUCUAUGGUGGCCUAACACAAAUUCAAACUACCUAUGGUCGGUCUACAAAAUAUUCAAUGAAGAUCCUAUCAGAUUUUUGGAAAUUUAGUCUAAAAGAUCAAAGAUGGAUUGGUAUACAGGUAUUUAAUAUAAUUAAUAUGUAUAUAAUAGUUAAUGCAUAUUUUAUUAUUGUUGUAUUAUAUUGAAAUAGACGGGUGAUGAUCCACCACCAUUAGCUGGCCAUACUUUAACAUUACGAUCAGUUGGUGAUAAAGAAAGUCUUAUAUUGAUUGGUGGUUUUAGUCCAGACAAUGGUUUCCUUGAAGAUAUAUGGGAAUAUGAUCUACAAUUUGAAAGUUGGAGAAAAUUUAAAAUAAGUGGCUAUGGACCUGCUGGUAAAUAUACACAAUAUUUAUAACUUAAAUUUAAACCUUUUUUUUUAUAUUGUAUGUCAUUUUAUACACCUACUAUAUAUAGAUAUUUGUUUUCAUAAACUUGUAAAUUUAUUAAAAAAAAAUUGUAUAAUUAGGUAUUUACGGACAUAGUACUGUGUAUCAUGGAUUAACAGACAGUUUAUAUGUAUUUGGUGGAUAUAUUUACACUGUUAAUAAAACAAUUAUGACAGAUAAACUAUUUGCAUUUAAUUAUGACCAACAAAUAUGGACUAUUUUACCUAUAUUUAAAGACUAUAAUCCACCAAAAAAUAGCCUAGUAAGUGUAUCAUUUAUUAAUAUCUCUUUUCUCAAUUUUUUAAUAUAGACAAUAUAAUAUAAUUGCAUGUUAAGAAGUAUUAAUUAGGGAUAUAAAAAAAAAGUUUUUAUUUCUGGAAAUAUUUCCCCCUAGAGAUUUAUAAUUUAUUUUUAAUACUUAUAUUAUGUCUAUAACAAUAUUAAACUUCUUAAAUCACUCAACCAGAGACAUAAUAUUAUGAGUUCACAAUAAUUUUUGUGUAUUGUAGGGUAUUCAAAAUUAAACCUAGUACUUUUUGUUCCUAAUAUAAUAAUUUUUGACUUAGAUAGAACCUUUUUGUUCUAUCAUUAAAUAAAUUGAAUACAGGUCUAUCUAUGGUUUGCAAAAUGGUUAUUUUGAAGUUAUAUAGACAUAUUUUUUACUGAAUAACUUCUUUGAUUCUAAAUGUAUUGAACUCCUUUCUAGAUAGAAAAAGGCAUGGUAAAAUAUAUAACAAACAGAAAAAUUGUAUAAAAUAAUCACACAUAUACUUUUGAAUCCAACCCCACAACAUUUAGAAAAGGCAAAUAUAAUUUUUCUGCCCAAAUUUCAAGUCUAAUAAUAGUUUUAACUGAAUUAAAUUUAUGAAUAAAAAAUCAAAAUUAAAAAUAAUAAAAUCAUUAUUUUUGGGAAUUGUUUUUUUUUCAGUUUUGCUAAAUUAUCAAAAAAAACUUCAUGGAAUAUCAAAAACAUGACUUUUUUACUUACCAUCUGGCAUAAAAAUGUAAUAUUUGCCUUGUUGGUUUUUAAUUGGAAAUUAACUGAACAAUUUUCUUACUAUUCUAGUAUUUUCUGAAUUAUUUAUAAAUUAAAAUAAAUCUAAUUUUUGGUCUUUAUUUAUUUAUUUAUUAUUUUAGUCCAAAUUUGUAUGAAAAUUUUAAAAAAUAUUUUUAAGUAACAACAAUUUUUCAAUUAAUUAACUUUUAAAAAUGUGUUAAAAAUUUGAUGUUUAAAAAAUAUUAAAAUGUUUGUUUAUUUUUUAGUUACAAACUAAUAAAAUAUUCAAUUUAUCCAAAAACGUGUUAACUGAAUGCUCAAAAUUGUUUUUCAUCUGCGAUGAUUUUCUAUUAUAUUACUAUUCUAUAUAUUACUUAAACACUUAUUUAUAUAAAUUUAAUAUCCGUACAUGAACUUCCCAUCUGCAACAGCAGCCUUCUCAUAAAAUGUAAAGUAUGUUUGGUUUUCUUAAUACAAAUUAAUAUUUUUAAAAACAUUGAAGAAGUUGUCUUUGAGUGAUCAUCUUUGCAUUUUAAAAUAGAUGAUUUUAAAAAUCUUUAAUACGUCCAUUUUUGUUUUAUGUGAACACAUUUUUAAUUAUUUACUCCAUGGAACACUAGAAAAGAUAAACGGUUUUUAAAAUUUUUUUCAAACAUGCAUUAUUAAAAAAAAUUAUUUUAAAAAAUAACAAAUAUUCAUAAUAGAUUAAAAGAAAACCACGGAAUACUCACCAUCAUUUUAUAGAGAAGAGUUUACAUUUUGCAUUUUUUGAACAAAUUGGUCUAUAUUAUUGAUGUAAAUGUGCACUAAAACAAUAUCUAAACAUGUAUAAUACAAAAGGAAAUCAGGAGAUCAGGUUCAUUUUUCUUAAGCAAUAGUUUAUCGUUGCUUACAGAUUAAAUUAAUAUAUACAUUAAAUUCCCCUAUAUAUCCUACCUUCCCAACUACCUUCCCUAUCUUCCAAUCAGUGGCUGCACCUGUUCCCAUUAUCUUACCUUUUUUUUUUUUUUAAUUUUAAGAAAUUUAGUUAUGAUUAUUAAAAAUAUAAUAUAACCUAACCUGUGGUUUUUCUAAAUAUGUGUGAUGUUGGAUUGCAUUGGAAUUAUGUUAUUAUAGGUAUUACUCAUAUAAUGAGUUUUUUUUUCUAAUUUAAUUUUACGGUUUAAUUAAAACUUGUAAAUUUUGAAUUGAUUAUAGUUAAUAAGUAAAUAUCAACUAAAAUUGUAAUAUUAGUAGUAAAUUUUGAUUACAAAUUUAUAUUUUAUAAUAUUUUAGCCCAGGGGUCGGUUUUUACAUUCAGCUAUUACAACAGAUGAAUAUAUGUUUGUCUUUGGUGGAAGGACUGAUCCACCUAGUACAAAUGAUACCUUGAUUGCAUACUCUUAUGCAUGCAAUCAAUGGAUACGUUUGUUAACACCUGGUAAUAUUGAUUAAAUACUAAAAUAUAACAAUUAAUAAGAAAUAAAAACAACAUAUUCCUGCAUUGCAGAUGUAUUUAUUAUUGGUUUGCCACCACCUCCUACUCAUGCUCAUGCAAUGACAUUGGACAUAGAAACAAAGUCAAUGUAUAUUCUUGGUGGUUUUGCUGGGGAUAUACAAUCUCGUGUUACACGUAUUCAAUUACCAGAAGAUCUUUGUAAUCUUUGGUCUGGAAACCGAGAAAAAUGCAGGUCAGAAAUGAUUCAAAUUUAAUUUGAUCAGAAAUUUCUUUUUAAACAAAUUUUUUUUUAGUAGUAGCUCUAAUCUUUAUAUUAUUUGAUUUAUUUAACACAGAUCAUUGGUUGGAUGUUCAUUUUGUCAAGUGCUUGAAACAAAUAUAAGCUACUGUUUUACUCAUCUUGGUCCAGGCUUUAAUCCUUGUGUUUCAACUAAGGGUACAUCACGUACAAAUAAUGGAGUUUCUUGUAAUUCUAACUGGAUAUCUAGUCGUUCUUGUGAACAGUAUACUACAUGUACUGAUUGUUUAGCUACAUGGCCCAACAAUCAUGAAAUUUCAAAUGUAAGUUGUAAAUUUAAUUAUGUGUAAAAAAUUUAAAUAAUCUAUUUAAUCAUAACAGUAUAAAUUUAUUUUACAUCUUGUAAUUUAUUCUUUCAAGAUAUGUUCAUGGUGUACAAAUUGUGGUGCCAAAGGACAAUGUGUAAAAGACCCAUCAAGUUGUGAAAAUUUGUGUAAAAUAGUGUCAAAAGUAGAAUUAUGCCCAAAUAUUCAGUGUAUGGCAACUGAUUGUGAAAAAUGUCAUCAGCAAAGUGACUGUUUAUGGACUAGGUAAGUGAUAAUUAUUAGUAAAAUUACAUAAUAUGUAGUUAUUAUUGUUAAUAUUAAACAGACAAGUGCAGAUAUCUGAGUUUGGAACACUUUUGACUGGUGAACCAUUGUAUGAUUGGAGUUGUUCUAGUCUAGAAUUGGAUCAACAAUCAGAUAUAAUGAAAAAUUCUUCAAUUUGCCCAGAACGUUGUUCUGCACAGAAAUCCUGUGAAGCGUGUUUAUCAUCUCAAGUAAAAUAUUUAUUACUUAAACAAUUUAUAAUAAUCAUAUUAAAAUUAUAUACUACACCAUAAAGGGAGGAGAAGGAGGUUGGCAUGAAUGUCGAUGGUCAAUAACAUUAAACGAGUGCAUAUCACCUAGCUAUCAACCAUUAUACUGUGCAGGUGGUGUUUGUGGACUUGUUCUUACUGGGGGUAAUAUAGAUCGCUGCCCUCAACCUUGUUCAAGUUAUACUCAGUGUUCUACAUGUUUACGCCAUACACAUUGUGGAUGGUGUGCUAUGAAUGUAUUAAACAAGACUGGACAGGUAAAUUGUAAAAUAAUGUUUUUGUUUAGACAUUUUUUUGCUAAAAAAUAUACCGAACUAAUCAUAUAUUUUUUUAUUAGGGAAUAUGUACAGAAGGUUACAUGUCUAGUCCAGCUUCUGGUCCUAACCAUUCGUGUCAAGAAUUAUUACAACACCUAAAUAACGAACCAAAAAUAUCUGCUUAUCAAAACUUUGAAUCUCAGGAAUUCAUUUAUGGAAUAGUUGACAAAGUUUCAUACAGCGAUGUAAUUUUAUUAAAUAAAGAAUCAAACUUUAAUGAUUCUAUAGCAUGGUAUUACAUAACUUGCCCACCUGAAAAUGAAUGUGAAAAUGGUCAUCACAGCUGUAACUCAGAAAGCGAAGAAUGUGUCGAUUUAGCUGAAGGUUUUCAUUGCGUGUGUGGCAAAGGCUAUCAAUCUGAUGAUAACUCUCAAUGUAUUCCUAUUUGUACACAAGGUGAUAAAAACCAUAAAAUAAUACAAACUAAAAUUUCAUAAAUUAUACUUAGGGAUGCACCUUAUUAGAUGCACUAUAUUUUUUUAGACUGUAAAUACAAUUUUAUAUCAAAUAAAAAAAAAAAAAAUAGGCAAUAAAUUGAAUUUAUUAUUUUUCUUAUUUUAUUUAAAUUUCAUACAAUGAAUACUGGAUCUCACUGAGAAAAGCUUGUAUGGGAGUUCUGGAAUUCUUACAGUAUUAUAAAUUAAUUAUAUACAAUUAAAUACAUUCUAAGACACAGAUCAUACAAAAAUAAAGAUACAAUAGUUUAAAUAAUAAAUAGUAAACAAUAGAAAUCAUAUAAGAACAUAUAAUUAAAUAAUUACAUUUUACUGAUAUAAUAUAUAUUUUUUUCUAGGAUGUUUUAAAGGCAGGUGUGUAAAACCAGAUGUCUGUAGUUGCGAUUUUGGUUAUGUUGGUUCCAAUUGCACUAUCCAAUGUGAAUGCAAUGGACAUUCUGAUUGUGCUGGUCCUGAUCACUUAACAAAGUGUUUAAGUUGCAAAAACAACACUCAAGGUUCUCAAUGCCAACGGUGUAAACCAUUGUAUGUGGGUAAUCCAGUGAAUAAUGGUCAAUGUAUACCAUGCUCAGAUUACUGUGGUGGACAUGCUCAUAUAUGUAUAGAUAAAUUUGAUAAUGUACCAUUUGAUGCUCGGAGUAUUUUAAGUGAUGCAAACACUAUUCUAAUGCAAAAUGAUGGCCCACUUUCUGAUGCUUAUUGUAUAGAUUGUAUGGAUAACACAACUGGUCCAACAUGCUCAGGUUGUCUAUUUGGUCACUUUCGAGGGUCCACUGAUUUUCGAGAUUCUUGUAGGUAAGUGCCCUAUGUAUGUAUAUUGAUAAUUUAAGUUAAUUUUUAUUCAUUGAUGAUUAUUAAUUUAAUCAAAUUUGUUUGUAGGCCUUGUGAGUGCCAUGGACAUGGAAGUAAAUGUGAUCCUGUUAGUGGAGAAAAAUGUGAUUGUCAAAACAAUACUGAAAGUGAUAAAAACUGUCAAUCUAGUGUAUUACCUAAACGCCGGCCAUCAAAAAUAGAUAAUAACAUGUGUUGGAUGCACCAGUGUUCAAAGUGUAGAGAUACAUAUCUGGGAACACCUACAGAUGGUCAUCAAUGUUAUAAACAAAUGAGUGUAGACUCAAGGUUUUGUUUAGAUGCCAUACCUCUUGAUGAAUGUAAAACCAAGUCUCAUGCUCUUAACCCAGGACAAAUGGUAUAUAUUAAGAUUGAAUACAAAAUAUUAUUUUUUUUUUUAUUACAAACAAGAUUAGGUUUACUUUACAUCAUUUACAGUUUGAUUUCUUAAAUUAAUAUAAUAUUUAAUCAAGCAAAUCGGGUGUGGAUCUAGAAAUAUGAAAUGGAGGGGCUACUUUUUAUUUAUAGAAAGACAAAAAAGAUAAUUUUGGUAAAUACAUCAGAUAUUAGUUGUAAUAUAUUUUCAAAUGAUAAAUAUGAAAAAUUGAGUUCAUUAAUCUUUUGACCUAUCUUUAAUUUUCAUUUUUUGUUUUUUUAUCCAGAAUAUCUGUUAAUAAUUUCAUUGGUGUCAAUGAGUAUUUCUUUGUGAAUAUUAAUAACCUCUAACUCAUUAGCCUGUCUUCUGCCAUAGAAAAUCUCAUGUAAUUUUUCAACUAGCAUAUGGAAAAAAAUGAUCUUUCCAAUUAUGUUGAUGAUAUAAUAAGUGCUGUAAAACUUUGUAAUCAAAUUUUAAUUUUAAUUGGAUAAAUUACAUCACAAUUUUUCACUGACAGUUUUGGCAUUUAGAUUUUCUGUAUUUGUCCAUUCUGUCUUCCAGAGUUUCAAUUUGGCUUUUAUCUCUAGAUCAGAAUUUGAUGAUCAUCCUGAUAUAACGAUGAUUGAAACAGUCAGUAAAGGGAAUACAAAUGGUAAUUCUGAACCACUUCUCAGUAUUUAAUGUUUUAAUAUUACAAUAUUGAUAAUACAUAGUAAAAGUUCACAAAAAGUCAUAAUUUAGUCAUGUCCCUCUAACUAAAUAAUUGUUUUAAUAAAAUAAUUAAAUUUUGUUUUUUCAACAAUGAGACAGAUUUAGUAUUUUCAACUGUAACUAAUAAUAUAUUGCUACAUAUUGCUAGUUUAGCUGAGGAUAAUAUAUAACACUAUCCAAAGAGAGGGGGCUGAAAUCUUAUAACCCCCAUUUUGCAUCUGAACUCUGAAUGAUUACAAAACAAAUAACAAAUUUUGUUAUUAAUUAUUUGUGUAAUUUUAUCAGAGUGGUUCUUAAGGGAGUACAUUUUUUGGUUUUUCAAAGGUUUUCUUAAUGAUGGAGAAACAAAGUAGGAAUAACUGGACAAUUUACAAAAUGUAUUAUUUUUAAUUUUUUGUUGUGAUUCAGUUAGAAAUAUUUGUAAUCUUAAAAUUUUGAGACCAAACAUACACUUGGUUUUUCUAGAUGUUCCAACAUUUUCAAAACAAUUUAGUCAUUUUUGAGUUACAUUAUAAUUUUGUGUUUUACACAUUUUAUCUGUAGAUAUAAAUUGUUAGACCAAUCAGAAAUGCUUGAAAAUUUAACUAGAGGUUCGUUAUAAAUUAUAUUUUGUGAUUAAAAAAAAAAAAAAAUGAGUGAAAUGUAGAAUUUUUUUAUACAAAGUUUGAGAAAAAUCAUAAAUAUAAAUUUCAUAACAUGUAAAAUAGAACUUCCCACAGAAUUAUUUUUUGUUAACAAAGAUUAAUUAUUGUGUAUGGAUAUUAGAUAUACAUUAAAUUCUCCUCUAUAUAAUACUUUUUCAACUUUUCAUCUACAACAGUGGCCCACCCAUUGUAAAUAUGUUCUUUUUAAAUUAAGGGUACUGGUGCACUAUUGAUAUUAAAAGCAAAAGGCAUUUGGUCAUUGUUAAUUAGAGUCACCCUUGAAAUAUAUUAGAAAUUAGUCAAUUACAAACUAUUUCUAAAAACUUUUCCUCAUACAUUAAGCCUCCAAGUAUAAUGUGUAUAUUGAAUUUUUGAAUAAAUUAAUCUGGUAAAUUUAAUUAUUAAACUAUAUUCUCUAAUCUAUAUAUAAAUUUUAGACUCUUGAGUACACAAAGAAGUUAUAAGAUUUACAAAGAUUUUUUUUUUCUGAAAACACUAACAGUUGGUAAAAAGAAGUUGAUUUUUCAUGUCAUAUCUUGAAGGUGUGAAUUUUUCGAUGGUUGAUAAAUUUGUUGAAAUUCCCAAUACAUUUAAACAUAUUUCAUACCUAGGUUCUUUUCCUUAUUGUUUGAUUUUUGUAUUAUCUUGGUAACAAGGAAAAAAAUAAUUAAAUACUACAUCCUUCAAAAUUUUUUUUGACUUAUAAUAUUUAUUAUUACUUACAUUAUAUAAACUUGAUUACUCAGUGUAUCCUACUUUCCCAGUUACCUUCCUACCUAACCUUUCUGUAAGCAGUAUCAAAUUUUUUUAUUAUUAUUAGAACUUAUGUUUGUUUUAGUCCUUUUUUGUUGUUCAACCUCGGUUUAUGAAUGUGGAUAUCAGAAUCACUAUUGACAUAACCCAAGGAGCAGUUGACUUUUUCUUAACAUCACAUGAAGAUGUUUUCAUAGUUACUCAAAAUAAAUCUCUCAAUAAGAAUACUUUUUCUUUUGAUCCAAGGUAAUAGCAUAUUGUAUUAUACAUUUGUGAGAUAUAUAGUAUGUCAGACAAUUUGCAUUGUAAUCAAAAAUAAACUAAAAUAAAUUGAUUUCUAUAACUGUUAAUAAUGAAUGUAUUAUUUAUAGAUUUGAAUGGUUUAGUGAAAUAGAAAUUAUCGAAGGAGUGAGUGGCAAUUUAAAUUUUUCAAAAGAUUCCAAAAAUUUAUUUACAUAUCAAGAACAUAAACCCAAAGGUUUAUCUACUUAUGUUACAUUGAAAAAAAGUAUGUCCCUGUUGAUGGUUAAAAAUGUUAAUAACAGGUAUGUUUUCAAUGAUAACACAUUUAAAUAUUAUUAAAUAUAAUAUUUAUAUUUUAUAAAUGAUCAUUUACUAUUCUUUUUCAGAUUGAUUAUUACUCUUCCAUACGAUAAACAUGAUUUGGCUGGAACAAGAUAUUAUAUGGCACUCUUAGCAAUUACAUCAUUACCAGCACAAGCGACACAUAUAGUGCCAGUUCCAACAUAUGGAAUGGUUUUUUUUAGACAAGACCAGCUACAUAUUGAUCUCUUUGUGUUCUUUUCUGUAUUUUUCUCAUGUUUCUUUUUGUUUCUUGCUGUAUGUGUUGUUGGAUGGAAAGCAAAACAAGUAAAUAUAUAAUACAUAAUACGGAUAUACAUGUAUGUAUUUUAAAUAUAAAUUACUGGAUACUAAUGAAGUCAAUUUCAUUUAGGCAGCUGAAAUGCGCCGUGCUCGCAGGCAGCAAGUUGUGGAAAUGUUACAUAUGGCCAAAAGACCAUUUGCCUGUGUGUCAAUUGUUCUGAACACGUCCCAACAAUCUGAAACUAACCAAGGUGUCAGGUUUUGUGAUGUAAGACCAUUAUCAAUUGAACCCACUAGUGACUCCAAUGCUGCUGUGACUACUCUGUUGAUUAAACUACCUGACCAUGGGCAACAGUCUACAGGUACAAGGUUGGCUCUUGGCUCAACUUUGGUGUUGAAUAUGCUUAAUCCGAGGGGUGGUUAUGUGUCAAAUAGACAUCAUCAUAACGCUGGUGGUCUUAGACAAAGAAGGAAUGUUCCUCAAUAAUUAUGGUAUUUAUUUUAAGUAAUAAAAAUUUAAAAUACUCUCAGUAUUACUUAUGCUCUACUUAAGCAUAACUCAAGUAUUUUAGGAAUAUAAUAAACUAUUAAUUUAUUACAUUUGACUUGUUUGAAACGAUUAAAAAAUAAUAAUAAUAAUUAAAAACUAAAUAUCUAUCAAUCAAGCUCAAAUAAUAUUCAAUAACUAAAAAUUUAAAUUACAUUUAAUUAUUUUUACUCUAGUUAUUAGAAAUUUUAAAUAAUAUUAUCAAUAACUCACUUAACAAUAAAAAUUAUAAUAUCUUCUUACACUUGAAUGAUAUUAUUUUAAAAAAAUUUAAACCAUUUAUUUAUAAAUAUAAUUUUGUCAAUUUAUAUUUUGUGAUUUCUUAAUUUAACUUAUUUAGCUAUUACCAAUUAUCAACUCUCUAAUAAUUUUAUUCAAUUUUAUUAUUUAUUAUUUUUUAUUACUUAGUUUAUAAGCUAAUUAGUAUCAUUUAUAAAUUAAUUAUUUCCAUAUUUUAUGAAUUUAAUUAUUUCCCAUUAUUUUUUAAAUUACCAUUAAUUUUUAUAUUAUAUUUAUUAUUUUUAUUAAUAAUAGUUAUGGUAGAUAAUACUUUAAGGCCUAGGUAAGUACUCAGUUUGAUAGGUAAGACCUAGCAGAUACAUUUUAGUGGACACAAAUUUCUAAUGAUUUUAUUGAAUUUAAUUGAUUUUACAACAUUUCCAUUAUUUUCAUUGUAUGCAAUUUUUUAAUUUUUUUUUUUUGCCAAAAUAUAGUAUAUGCCAAUUUUUAUUAUCAUUGAAAAUAUUAUUUUAUUUGGGAACAACUGGUACAUUUUACUCUGGGUUUGGGGGUAAUCAGUAUAAAAAGGUUACUUUUCAAGGCUACUGGUACAUACACAAAAAAAUGUUCUAAUUUGUCUUUUGCCUAAAUUGCCUUUUCAAGACAUGAUAAAAUUUACAAAACAUUUGAGCCAUUUUUAAGCUAUUUAUAGUUAUUUUAAUUUUUUGAUUUUUGUACAUAAUUUUUAUUUAAUAGGUACUUUGUGGAUAA